UUCAUUGUAUUUGUGAAGACAGGGCCAGACAUCACACAUACAUAAGCCAUACAUUCAUUCAUAACAUUCAUUACAACACAAAUCUAUGAAUGAAUGAAACUAUGAUAUGAUGUAAAACUAGUUUGAAUUCAUUGUUUUGUUUCGCGAUUACAAACAAAACCAUUACUUUCUGAAGACAUUUACUGAACAGGAGACAAUCAAAUGGCGAGUAUAAUGAGAGGAGAGCACCGAUGCUCUGGUCCGAGGACUGGUGUGAAGCGAAAAGUGGUGAUAUUGGACCCAAUGGAGGCCCCGAUGGGUCCGCCACCGCAACGGCGGCUGAUGAUGGGUCGGGUCAGUCCUAUGCAAACCGUACCCUCAAUG